AACCCCAACCAGAACAACGUAUCAUCGUUGGUGAUUUUUGACCUGCCGAGAUCCGUAACACUCUUCGCUCCAUUUAUAUCUUUCCUCUUCCUCAUAUUGCUUAUCUUUCGUCUUCUGGGCACCUGUGGGAUUAUUAAAAACAUUCAAUUGACCUCUGAUCUGAUCAUAUUAAACACUCAAAAGUUUUGGCAGGAGAAAGAAUGGCUUAUCAAUCCCCGAAAUUAACGAGAAUAGGCCUUGCUGGUCUUGCUGUUAUGGGACAAAACCUAGCCCUCAACAUCGCUGAGAAAGGCUUUCCCAUUUCUGUUUACAACCGAACCACGUCUAAAGUUGACGAGACUGUUGAAAGAGCAAAAAAGGAAGGAAAUCUUCCUGUUUAUGGCUUCCACGAUCCCGAAUCAUUUGUUAAUUCAAUCCAAAAACCUCGCGUAAUCAUAAUGCUUGUUAAGGCUGGGGCGCCUGUUGAUCAAACCAUCAAAACACUUUCUGCUUACAUGGAGAAAGGUGACUGUAUAAUUGAUGGUGGAAAUGAGUGGUAUGAGAACACUGAGAGAAGGGAGAAAGCUAUGGCUGAAUUAGGUCUUCAGUACCUUGGGAUGGGAGUUUCUGGUGGUGAAGAGGGUGCUCGAAAUGGACCGUCUUUGAUGCCGGGAGGGUCUUUUGAGGCCUACAAAUACAUAGAAGACAUCCUCCUUAAAGUAGCAGCCCAAGUCCCUGACAGUGGUCCUUGUGUGACUUACAUUGGAAGUGGAGGUUCCGGUAAUUUUGUGAAGAUGGUCCAUAAUGGAAUUGAGUAUGGUGAUAUGCAGCUGAUUUCUGAGGCUUAUGACGUCCUGAAAUCAGUUGGAAAACUGUCAAAUGAGGAACUACAAAAUGUUUUUACACAAUGGAACAAAGGGGAGCUUUUAAGUUUCUUGAUUGAAAUCACUGCAGAUAUUUUUGGCAUUAAGGAUGACAAGGGAGACGGCUAUUUGGUAGACAAGGUCUUGGAUAAAACUGGAAUGAAGGGUACUGGUAAAUGGACCGUUCAACAGGCAGCUGAACUAUCAAUUGCUGCUCCCACCAUUGAAUCUUCUCUGGAUUCAAGAUUCCUUAGUGGGUUGAAGGAGGAACGAACAGAAGCGGCAAAAGUCUUCAAAUCAGGUGGUUUUGGUGAUAUUCUGACCGAUCAGGUGGUUGAUAAGGAAAAAUUAAUUGAUGAUGUUCGGAAAGCUCUAUAUGCAUCUAAAAUAUGCAGUUAUGCACAAGGAAUGAAUCUGAUCCGUGCAAAGAGCAUUGAAAAGGGAUGGGAUUUGAAAUUGGGGGAACUGGCUAGGAUCUGGAAGGGAGGUUGUAUUAUUCGAGCAAUCUUCUUAGACCGGAUCAAGAAGGCCUAUGACAGAAAUCCCGAUCUUGCUAACCUUCUUGUGGACCCUGAGUUUGCAAAGGAAAUAAUUGACAGGCAGUCUGCAUGGAGAAGAGUCGUAUGCCUUGCUAUUAACUCGGGCACUAGCACCCCUGGUAUGUCUGCUAGUCUUGCUUAUUUUGACACUUACCGCAGGGAGCGAUUGCCAGCUAAUUUGGUCCAAGCUCAAAGAGACUACUUUGGCGCUCAUACAUACGAAAGGGUCGAUAUACCUGGAUCCUUCCACACUGAGUGGUUCAAACUUGCUAAAAAGAUAAAUAACUAAGAGCUCCGUUGUUAUUCAAUCCAACUGGUGUAUGCAUCAAUCUUAAUAAAAUCGAUCUGGCAUUCGAUGCUCACCAGAGCUCACCCUAGAUUUUUGUCCUUUUCUUAUUUCUUUGGGGUCUUAUUUAUGCUAGCAAUGGUUACCCCGCUGCAGUUUCCUUGUGUUGUAAGAUUUAUUCUCCCUUUCAAAGUCAAUUAAACUGGAAAAUAUUAUGGAAAAUAGUAUUCUCUGUUUUGGUAUUA